AUGAACCACACUGUCUUUAAUACCAUGUUUUUCACUGCAUAUGGACCUCCAGGAACACUCAACUAUGGACUUUUUUUCUUAACAUUUUUUCUUUUUUUCAUUACAAUAAUUGCCAACCUCACCCUCAUGCUUAUCAUCUGCUUAGAGUCAAGCUUACAUAAACCCAUGUACAUAUUUCUGUUCAACUUGGCAGUGAAUGGACUGGUUGGGUGUUUUUCUGUCUGUCCGAUGAUAAUGGACUAUCUUCUUAAAGAUAUUAAGGACAUCUCUCAUGAAGGUUGUAUUUUGCAAGUGUUUUUCAGCAGUUUGUAUGGAGCGUGUGCUUACUUUAUUCUAGCAGUGAUGGCCUAUGACCGGUAUGUCUCCAUUUGUAAGCCACUGCAAUAUCAUAGCAUUAUGACCCCAUCUAAAGUGAAGAUGUUGUUAGCCUUGAUAUAUUUUAUUCCUAUAACCAGUCUCUCUUUUCAAAUGUGUAUCACUGCAAGGCUUCCUGUGUGCAGGUACAACAUCAAUAAGCUUUUCUGUGAUAACUUAGCAAUUGUUAAACUCUCCUGUGUUGAAAGUCCUCUGAGCAACCUGUAUGGUAUAUGUCUCAUAGCAAGCCAAGUAGUUUUACCUUUUGUGUUAGUUGUGCUGUCGUAUGUAAAAAUAUUACUAGUUUGCUUGAGAGCCUCAAAGGAGUCACGAAAGAAGGCUUUAAACACAUGUACUCCCCACUUGAUCACUUUCAUCAAUUUCUCUGCCGCCAUCCUUUUUUCUGUUGUUUACAACAGGUACAGCACAGUUACCAGAGGGGUUAAUGUAUUCAUUUCAGUACAGUUUAUUAUGUUUCCACCGCUGUUACAUCCUAUUAUAUAUGGUAUUAGGACCAAGGAGAUCAGGACAUGUAUUUCAAAAAUGAUAAGAACACACAUUAAUCCACACUAUACUGAUUUCCCUCAUCUAAAAUCUGAACCAAAGAUAAUUUCUUUAGAUAGAACAGCAGCAGGGCACUGGAUUCAAGUUUGA